AUGGCUAACCUGGCAUUUUCCUGGGAGCUGGUCGACCACGACAUACGUAUCCAACACAAACUGGCAACGACGGAAGUCGACAUGACCUGGUCCGCCAAACCACCCCGAUGCGAGUACAUCGCCGAAUCGAACGGCGAGGGCUUCCAGGUCUAUUUUUUCGCGGGGCUUUCCAUCGACAUCGCAGAGGCACUCCUUGAGGAAAUCUCGGGGGAACUGAACCCUACAUUGCUGCGCUCGCUGGAACAACUGUCGAAAAAGGAGCCGCAGCUAGUCGUACGUGCGCUGAUACGGUACCUCACGCCUCCGAAAUUCCAUUACAUAAGGAUCUUCUGCGUGGACCAAAGCUAUAGGCGGCUUCCGAGAACUCACCUCGACAAACACGUCCCCUCUCCUAAAGUGGUCCUCUGCGAUCCCGUGGGUGUACACACCAACUUCACGCCCGAGCACUUGCUGGAGUAUGCCCACGCUUUUGCAACCGACUUGCAGAUGGAGGAGGUAAACAGGCUGUACAAUAUCCAGUGGAAGGAAAUGAGGAAGUUGCGAAAUCGCCAGUCAACUUCCACAGCAUCCCGCCCGACCAAAGAAGACCCCCGCAGAGACCGCUUACUUUGGGUAGCGGAGCAUGGUCCAGUUUCACCCAAGAUCCUCGACGAUCUUGUCAGCCGUUUCGGGCCGAAGAAAACUUCCACAAUCGAACCAGAUGACCCCCUUCCUGACACAGCUCCUCCAUUGUGA